CAAACCCGGAGGGCCGCGCGCGCGCGCGCGAACCGUGUCCGAACCGCACGGCGGCGUCCUGGGGGGUCCACUGUGAGGACGGAGCUUCCUCUCCUCAGGACCCACCCAGGAGGGGCCGGGGCUUGGGACACCUGGGGACACCUGGGGCCGCGUCCGCUGUGAGGAUAAGGAGACGCUGCUGCAGCUCCGGGACACCUGGGGCCGCCGAGGCAAAGGAUCUCACUCUGUCUCCCAGGCUGGAGUACUGUGGCACAAUCGUGGCUCACUGCAACCUCUGUCUCCUGGGCUCAAGUGAUCCUCCCGCCUCAGCCUCCCAAGUAGCUGGGGCUACAGGGGUAAAUCUUUUCAAGACACUAAAACAGGUGACUCAGCCCUGUGAGCUCUGUGCCUGACAUGACUCAAACGGCCAGCAAUUUUCUCCUUCUCCAGUUAAACCUGUCCAAAAUUGAGGAACCUAUCCAGGACAGGUGCAAAGGCACUCUGUGAAUAUGGAAACAAGAGUCUUCCCCUCCCACAUGGGAGGAAAAUUCAGUUUCAGCUCAGCUAGGGAUUUAGUCUUACUGAAGACGCGGGAGAAGUUCUCCAGCUGAGCAGCUUUCCCCAACGUGGAAGGGACCAUAGCAAGGACACCUGAGUUCUCCAACAGACGUUCAACGCCAAGGGAUUCACAGUUCUGGGAGGUGAUCUCUGAUGAACAUGCCAUCAACUCCGCUGGCACCUACCACGGGGACAGCCACCUGCAGCUGGAGCGCAUCAACGUGUACUACAACGAGGCCAGCGGUGGCAGAUAUGUGCCCCGCGCUGUGCUCGUGGAUCUGGAGCCAGGCACCAUGGACUCUGUGCGCUCGGGGCCCUUUGGGCAGGUCUUCAGGCCAGACAACUUCAUCUUCGGUCAGUGUGGGGCCGGAAACAACUGGGCCAAGGGACACUACACAGAAGGCGCGGAGCUGAUGGAGUCAGUGAUGGACGUUGUCAGAAAGGAGGCUGAGAGCUGUGACUGCCUGCAGGGUUUCCAGCUGACCCACUCCCUGGGUGGGGGGACUGGGUCUGGGAUGGGUACCCUUCUGCUCAGUAAGAUCCGGGAGGAGUACCCAGACAGGAUCAUAAACACAUUCAGCAUCCUGCCCUCGCCCAAGGUGUCAGACACCGUGGUGGAGCCCUACAACGCCACCCUCUCAGUCCACCAGCUCAUAGAAAACGCAGAUGAGACCUUUUGCAUAGAUAACGAAGCGCUGUAUGACAUAUGUUCCAAGACCCUAAAACUGCCCACACCCACCUAUGGUGACCUGAACCACCUGGUGUGUGCUACCAUGAGUGGGGUCACCACGUGCCUGCGCUUCCCAGGCCAGCUGAAUGCUGACCUGCGGAAGCUGGCCGUGAACAUGGUCCCGUUUCCCCGGCUGCAUUUCUUCAUGCCUGGCUUUGCCCCACUGACCAGCCGGGGCAGCCAGCAGUACCGGGCCUUGACUGUGGCUGAGCUUACCCAGCAGAUGUUUGAUGCUAAGAACAUGAUGGCUGCCUGUGACCCCCGUCACGGCCGCUACCUAACGGCGGCUGCCAUUUUCAGGGGUCGCAUGCCCAUGAGGGAGGUGGAUGAACAAAUGUUCAACAUUCAAGAUAAGAACAGCAGCUACUUUGCUGACUGGCUCCCCAACAACGUAAAAACUGCCGUCUGUGACAUCCCACCCCGGGGCCUGAAAAUGUCGGCCACCUUCAUUGGGAACAACACAGCCAUCCAGGAACUCUUCAAGCGUGUCUCAGAGCAGUUUACAGCAAUGUUCAGGCGCAAGGCCUUCCUCCACUGGUACACGGGCGAGGGCAUGGAUGAGAUGGAAUUCACCGAGGCCGAGAGCAACAUGAACGACCUGGUGUCUGAAUAUCAGCAAUAUCAGGAUGCCACGGCCGAGGAGGAGGAGGAUGAGGAGUAUGCCGAGGAGGAGGUGGCCUAGAACUCUCCUUUUCUAGGUAAAGGGGGGAAGCGGUGUGGAUUCUUUACUGUGUUCUGACAGCCAUGUGUCACUAUGCGCUUGUUCAUUUGUGUCUUCACAUCUGCUGCGUUUUAAAGCAUUUUUACAGUAUGCGGUUUUGACUAAUAAAGUAUUCUCACAGCA